AUUGGGAUUUUCGGUUCCACUCGCUUUCAUGAUAUUUUGCCGUGUUUUUUCUGACCUUGGCGGGGACGAGCGUUUACCCAAACAGGAAGCUCGUGUCAAAGAAGGAGAAAAAGCUGUUUCAUUUCUUGAUAUUAAGCACACUCCGACUCGGACUCCUUUAAGGCUUACAACGAUAAUUCAUUUCCAUCGCGGCGGGCCGGUCUUUCCUUACUGUAUCCGAUACCGAUUCCUUACGAAUCUUAAAAGAUGUAGAGAAGACGAGACGGAAAUGAACAUUGUUGCGCUCCUCUAAUAUGAACUCUUGCCGCGGUCGGCGAUGGCACCAUCGUUUGGCCUCCAAAAGGGCACGAUCAACGCGCCAAUGACUAUUUUCACGGCAGCACCUCUUGGCGCCACGACGGCGCAUUCUCGCUAGGGACCGCGACUUUCUGGCCACACGAGGAAACUACCUCUACUUAAGACCUCCGGAGAUCAGUCUGAAUCUUCC